GGCAAUGUUAUUGUGUUCCUCCCGCCAGCUGUGGCCGAGGUGUUCCAGGAUGAAAACAUGUCUUCCAGGACUGAGCGUUCUAGAGAGGAGAUAUUGUCGUGCUUGUCAAAGUGUUUCGGACAUGAAACGUUCAGAAGUGACCUGCAGAGGCGAGCUGUUGAGGCUGUCGUUAAAGGUGGGCAGGAUGUGUUUGUGUCGAUGCCGACUGGGUCGGGCAAGUCCCUGUGUUACCAGCUGCCAGCGGUGAUGUCCCAAGGGCAGGUGGCCAUUGUCAUCUCCCCACUCAUUGCCCUCAUCAAGGAUCAGUUGGAACACCUUCAAAAGAUACGUAUUGUUGCCGAGUCCAUCAACUCUAAGAUGACGAGCAAGGAGCGUAAGAGAGUGCUGGCAGAUCUGUCAUGCAUGACGCCCACCACAAAGCUUUUGUACAUUACACCGGAACAAGCCUCAACAAAUUUUUUCAAGGGCCUUCUUGAUCAGCUGUACAAGUACAACAAGAUUUCGUACUUUGUGGUGGAUGAGGCACAUUGUGUAAGUCAGUGGGGCCAUGAUUUCCGACCAGAUUUCCUGCGUCUGGGGUAUUUGAGGAGCAGAAUACCAACGAUUCCCUGGAUAGCGCUAACUGCUACUGCAACAGCCAAAGUUGUUGAUGACAUAUAUCUUCAGUUGAAGCUCAAGAAGCCAGUUGCAAAGUUCAAGUCAUCUUGUUUCCGCUCAAAUUUAUUUUACGAUGUACAGUUUAAAGACGCCUUGGAUGACCCAUUUGAAGAGUUGAAGGACUUUGUUAUUAAAUCAUUGGGAAGUAAUUGGGAUCAAAAUAGAACAGAAAAGUCUGGGUGUGGCAUCAUUUACUGCAGGACAAGAGACGCGACGGCUGAGUUGGCCAGUCAGCUGUCCAAGAAGGGUGUGCCCACCAAAGCUUAUCAUGCAGGUUUGAAAAGCCGAGAGCGAGCUCAAGUUCAAGAAGAUUGGAUGGAUGGGAAAGUUCCAGUGAUUACUGCAACGGUGUCAUUUGGUAUGGGAGUUGAUAAAGCCUCGGUCAGGUUUGUAGCCCAUUGGAGUGUCCCUCAGUCGAUGGCAGGAUAUUACCAAGAGUCCGGUCGUGCUGGCCGAGACGGAAAGUUAUCAAGAUGUAGAAUAUAUUACAGUAAGAAAGAAAGAGACACUGUGAUGUUCCUCUUAAACAAGGAUGUAUCGACGGCAAAGAAGUAUGGAAAGCCUCAACAGGAGGACCAAGCAAAGAUGACAAUAAAAAGCUUCGAGACUGUUAUCAAGUUCUGUGAAGUGCCAAUCUGCCGGCACCAUUCCUUUGCUCUGUAUUUUGGCGACAAUAAACCAGAUUGUAAGAAGCACUGUGAUUACUGUACCAACCCUCAGUUAUCAGCAAAGCGGGUAGAAGAAUGGAAUACCGCCCUGGUCCGUAAGUCGUCCUACAGGUUUCAAGCUGUGGCUGCCUUUGAAAAUGGUUGUGAUGACCCUGAUUUGUAUGGUGGAGGAAGAAGAGGUUUGAAAAGAGAGCAAGAAGACUAUGACCAAUGUGGAGAUGGGGAAGACAGGGCCAGAGAGGCUGAACAUGCAGCCAAGAAGCAGCGCACAAAUUUCAUUAAACAACAGCUUGCUCUUCGCCGCGGUAAAAAAUCUUCCACUGGUUCCUCAUCUUACAAUGGUCGCCUGAAAGAACAGAAAGAAAAGGAAAAGUUGGAGAAAGAGGAGAAUGAUCGUGCGAAAAGAUCUAAGCUGACAAAUGCAGAAUUUACUUCAAAGAUCAUUGGACUUAAUAUUAUGACAAGAGAGAGUUACCUCCAGUUGGUGUUUCAAGCACUUCAGAAAAACUAUGAAGUCUGUGGUGACUCCGGACCAGUUUUAAAUAGAUUAAAAGAAUCUGAUAUAGAGGACGUGGCUGUGAAACUGGAGUACAGCGUCUUCACUUCCACCUUUGUCUUAAUGAUGUAUCGCAAAGGCAUGAUGUCGCUGAUGAUGAGCAUCAGAAAAGACACAAGUUCAUUUGUUUUGCGCUCAGAGCUGGCUGAACAUGAACCGAAGCUGAGUCUUGGCCAGCUAGCUAAGCAGAUUGAAAAUGACAUUAAGAACCGGAAAACUAUGAACUCGGGUUUCAAAAGUGCAAGUGAAGUGAUGGAGGAGAGCCGUCGUGAAGUCAAAAAGAAAGAGCCUGAGAGUCUAAGUACUAGACGCGGUUUUGCGCUAAAGAGAUCUCCAAACCAUCAAACAUCAUUGAAUUCAUAUUUUAUUAAAAGUGACAAGACUAAGACCAGUGGUAAGGUUGAUCAUCAAUUGUCAGAAAGUGAGUCUGAUGGGGAGGACUCUGGCAAUAAAGAAAAGAGAAAGAUGACAGACAACAAUGCUGAACAUGUAGAUGAAAGUACCAAAGAAGGGAAUAUGUCUGAUGCAAGUAACUACGAUCCAGAUGAAAAUCAGGCGUUUAUCUGUGAAGAAGUUUAUUUGUCUGACUUGGAUUGUAAUGAUGAUGAUGAUGAUGAUGAUGGUAACAGAAGUAGUGUAAAUAGUGGUUCUGAUAAUAAGGAUGCACACUCUAGCGUUGAUAGUGAGAUUAACUCUGAAGGCACUGAUAAUAGUCAACAUUCAGUUGAAGAAUCUAAACUUGUGCCGAUUACCGAAGAAAAUGGUCAGACAGUAAAAGUUAAUUCAGAGAAAGAAAGAAAUGAAGAUCCUGCUAAAAGUGUGAGCAAAAGUGCAAGUGUGCAUGCUGAAGUGUUACCGGAGCUGUGCAAUGGUAAUAUGUCAUCAGAUAAAACUGGCAUCAUUGACUUUAUGGAUGAAGAUGAAUGUUCAGUGGAGGUUUCUGGAAGUGAGUGUAAACAGAGCACAGGUUAUUCGCCAGGUGAGACCAGUAUUAUAAAUAUGUUUUCUCCCGACAAAGUAAAUACAUGUGAGUUGCAAAAGACUGUGUGUAGUGGUAGCCAGUCAUUGUACACUGUAAUGCCAUCUGUUGUCUCCUCCAAUAACAUUUUGUUUUCAAAACCUUCAUUCCAUAGCAACCGAACUGCAGACUCGUCCUUGGAGGUACAGGAAUGCAAAUCAACAGCUGAAAAAUCUGAAACUAAAAGAUCAAGCAGUAAGAAAUGUAGAGUCAGCAAGAAAUUAAAGAUAAUUGAUUUAUUUGGUGACGAGUGUGGGACAAAUGAAACAGAACAUCAGGAAGAUAAGAAGGUUUGUGUCGAGGCUCAAAGUACUGAUGCACAUAACACAGCAUUAAAGAAGGAAAACGAAAGUAGGCGUGUCGAAAAUGAACGACAGAGUAACUACAUCACGUGCCAAGACAAAAAUGAUAAAGGGAUGGAGAGUAAAGAUAGUAAACACAAGCAUUCUAAUGAUGAUUAUCAUCUCAAGGAUUCCAGCAGUACAGUUAAUGAGAGAGACAGCAAGAAAGAGAAGUACCGAGAGCGUAAUGACAGAGACAAGUACGAAGCAAAUGAAAGCCUUAAAGAAAAAGAAGAAAAGUGUAAAGAAAGUGAAGAAAUACUUGAUUUUAGAAUAAAAGACUCUCCCACAUCUCUAAAUAAACAUAAACAAACUGAGUGUAAAAAUAAGAAAGAAGGAAGGUCAAGCAGUUCUAGGAGGUAUUCUGAAAGAUCAUCAAGUGAUUCAGAUAAAUAUAAAAGGGAGUCCGAAACAACAAGAGAUUCAAAAAAGUCUCCAAGAGGUUCAGAGAGAUCACAAAGAUAUUCAGAAAAAGCAGAGAGAAUCUCUGAAGAGUUUUUAUCAAAUUUGGAUAACUCUAGAAAGGACUUUGAAAGAUCUGAGUUGAAAUUGGAGAAAUCUGGAAGGAAUUCAGAUAAGUGCAAAAGGGAUUCAGAAAACCUCAAAGAUUUAGAUAAAUCUAAUAGGGAUUCAGAAAAGUCUAGGAAAGAUUUAGAGAAGUCUGAGAGGAAAUUGGAAAAGUCUAGGAGAGAUUUUAAGAGGGAUUCAGAUAGAGCACAGAAGGAUAAAGAAAGAUCUGAUAGAAGCUCAGAGAGAGCACGAAAGAAAGUAGAAAGAGCACAAAUUGAUUAUGAUAAAGGCUUGAAAGCAAAUGUAAACAAGAUUGCUAAGGAGAGAAAAGCAGGCGACAAUCAAGAAAAAAAAGAAAGCAUUUCAAGUAGUAAAAUUGAGGAUCUGUUUGGAUUUGACCACAAAAGUUUGAAUCAUACAGCAUUAGAAGAGCCAAAGAUUACCGAUAUACCAAAUACUAUACAAAGUAAUUUUAGAAAUAAGAAGUUAAGUCCAGUAAAUAUAUGUAGUGAGUCUUCAAAUAUAAAUUCGGAAAUAUCCAAAGACACUUCAAGUUGUGUGGCAGUGGUAAAUACAGGGGAAGAAGUAUCAGUAGUACACAAAAAGCAAAUAGCGGACUGGGUAGUUAAACAUCUCAUGCCACAUUACAAGAGUAACAACAUAAACGGGAAGGAGCUUUUCAAGUCGCUCGCUAGGCAGAUGUCACACCAUGUUCUGCAGCUGGGACUUGGGAAAGAUGAAGCAGGAGCCGAGCAGAUUAUCAAAAAGUUUUUUGAGAGAGUAAAAAAAGUUUCUUGUGAAACGGAUAUUGUUUUUCACUGACCACAUUUAGCUGAACCUGUUUUGCAUGAUGCAAAUUAUAUUAUGUGGCAGCUCAUGAAUUAAACAUCAAAUGCUGUUUAAAGCGGGUUUAUCUGCGUUAAUGGAAAAUUGUUCGCCGGAGUCACACAAAUAUAUUGUUGUGCUCGUGAGACAUUGUCUUCAGGAACCACAUAAGGCCUUGCUGUGUCAGUGAUAAAUUAUCUGCAGGAACCAUACAAGGCCUUGUUGUGGGGGACAUGAAAUUUUCUGUAGAAACCAUAUAAGGCUUUGCUGUGUCAGUGAUAAAUUAUCUGCAGGAACAACAUAAGGUCUAGCUGUGUCAGUGAGAAAUUAUCUGCAGGAACCAUACAAGGCCUUGUUGUAUGGGGCAAGAAAUUUUCUGCAGGAACCAUAUAAGGUUUUGCUGUGGCAGUGAGAAAUUGUCUUCAGGAACCACAUAAUGUCUAGCUGUGUCAGUGAGAAAUUAUCUGCAGGAACCAUACAAGGCCUUGUUGUAUGGGGCAAGAAAUUUUCUGCAAUAACCAUAUAAGGCUUUGCUGUGGCAGUGAGAAAUUGUCUUCAGGAACCACAUACGGCCUUGCUGUGGCAGUGAGAAAUUGGCCACUGGAGCUACACCAGUCAGUUACAGCUGCGAUACAAGCGAGUUUUAAGUAAGUGUUUUCACAACGCAAGGAACGAUUGCGCUGCCACUCGUCCAGGAAUUGUUCAUUACUUGACACAUUUUUGAAAGGGAGCUUUGAGCAUGUUUCAUUAUGACAUUUAUUUUAUUAUUUCUACUGUACUGUACUAUAUAUUUGCUGCUAGUAAAUUCUUGAUUACAAGGAGUACAUUUAAAGGCAACUUUAUUUGUGACACUAUUACAAUUUAUGUACGGUAUUUUUAAUUACAUUUCUCUCCUAUACCUAUACUUAUAGGUAUAACUAUAAGUAUAACUAGCUAUACUAACUCCUAUACUUGAGUUGUCAAAUUUGUAAGUGUCACCAACAGAUUUACUUAGUACAGUAAGCAAAGUUAAGUAUUAUGAUGUCUUACCUUGGGUAGAGUUGGUAAGUCAGUACAUUACAGUACUGUACAUGAAUUUUCUGUGAUACUGUAUAUAGAAAAAUUAGCUGCAUGUGUUUUGACCAGAAAAAUUACCAGUGGAGCAUUAUUGUUUAUAAUUUAUUUUUUAUGUAUGAAUUAUGCCUUGCAAAAUUAUUUUUAAUUUGGUUGGAAAAAUUAAGUGUAGAAGGACAUCUUGGCUCGAGGGCCCCUCAUACAGCCCUGUAGGUCUUUUGUAGUUUCCUGUAUACUGUAUUAAUGUUCUUAUGAAGGCGGUAAAAUAAAGGGAAAGGGGCAUUAACGUUAAUUUUUCUUCAAAAAGCGGUAUUGAGGUCUGCUGCAUUUUGCACCAAUUCCAUGUUGUUAUUUCAAUAAAUUAUGUUUUACUGUACA